AUGCCAAAAAAAAACUACCAAAAAGGAAGAAUCGCCUUCAAAAAAAGAAUAAUCCAAAAAAAGAGAUGUCAGAAAAAAAAAGCCGCCAGAAAAGAACCACCAGAAAGAAACUGCCAUGCCAAAAAAGAACCGCCAAAAAGAAGGAUCGCCCAAAAAAAAGAAUUGCCCAAAAAAAGAGCCAUCAGAAAAAAAAAAGCUGCCAGAAAAGAACUACCAGAAAGAAACCGCCAUGCCAAAAAAGAACUGUCAAAAAGAAGGAUCGCCCCAAAAAAAGAAUCGCCCAAAAAAAGAGCUGUCAGAAAAAAAAAGCCAUCUGAAAAGAAUCACCAGAAAGGAACUGCCGAAAAAAAAGAACCACCGAAAAGAACUGCAAAAAUAAAGAUUUAA